AUGGGUGAAUGGGUUAACAAACAACGAAAACGGGGCCAGCAGCUGCCACUACCAAACGUACCAACACUAACUUCCACACAGCAACCAAGUAAAAAAGCUUUUUCAUUAAAUCCACUUUUGUGGGCGCACGCAACUGGUAGUGAAUUCGACAAACAUCAGCAACAACCAGACGUAUUGAUCGGCAAUCAAGCAUGGCAAGAGCCACAAGCAAAAAGUCAUAAAUCAAACACGAAUUCAACAACAGGUUGGUGUGACCAACCGCCGCACUGCUGUAGCAACAAAGUCUAUUGGACACACAGUUGCACAUCGCCCGCAAGAUCAACACUCGGCUAUGCAGCUCUUGCUGAUGAUGAUAAAUUUCUCACAAGUCCACCAGAGUACAUCAGAGAAUGUCAAAUAGCUGAGAAAAAUUUUACUGACUGUUCCACGCACAGCAUACAGCAGCUCUUCGACAAGUUAAAUGACGGCAUACCUGGCUUGAACAGCAUCAAAAGCUUCGAUCCAUUCUACCUAAACCGGAUACGUAUUACACAAGGCAACAGCAAUGCGAUCAACUUGAAAGUCGAAUUGGCCAACGUGAAAAUCAAUGGAUUUGGGCAUACGAAUGUUUUGGAGAGUGUCGUUUAUCCCAAAGACUACAGCUGGAAGACCACUUUUAUGCUGCCCGAGAUGAAAUUACAGGGUGACUACAGUCUCAACGGUCGCAUUUUGUUAAUACCAUUAAAUGGGCAUGGCGAGGUUUUCUUAGAAGCAGAAAACAUGACCGUCGUUAUGAACUCAAAGACCCGGCUCUAUGAGAAGGGCGGCUUCACCUUCUACAACGUGACGAAUUGUCGUGUGGAUUUUAAAAUUGAUGGCUUGAAGUCAUACUUUUCCAAUCUCUUCAAUGGCAACAAGCAGUUGGAGGAUAGCACAAAUAAAUUCUUCAACGACAACUGGCGCAUGCUAGCCGAUGCGCUUUACUCCGUCAUCACGCAGACGAUUGAGGAUAUUUUGUUGGAUGUGUUGAAGAAAAUCUUCCAUUAUAUACCAGCCAACUUCUUUAUCAGCGAUAUACCAACACCAAAGCAGUUAUAUGGCAGCAAAGUAACAGCGGCGACUGCCAAGCGACCUUAG